AUGGCAAGAAGUAACAAAUAUUCCUCCAUCAACUUCAAUGACAUCUAUGAAAAGAAAGUGAUCAACAGCGGCAGCAGCAACAGCUCUUCCAAUUCUUCACCAUUCCAUCAUUCUUCUUCCUCCUCCUCAUCUGGGCAUUCAUCUUUUGGUAAUCACAGUAAGCCCGCGAUUUCGAAUUCCAGAAUCCAUGGACACAUGCUUGUUUUAAGCAAACCGGCAGCUCCGAAACCCAAGCCCAUCAUCAUUCCCCAGACGACCCAGCAGCCUCAGCCUCAGAAGGCGCCAUCCGUAUCAGCACCGCCACCGGUUGGGAAGCCUGCCAAAGGUGCUUCAGAUCAGCCCGGGUCUGAAUCGGACUCCAUUUCUCUCCGCCCUCAGGGUCGAACCGGAUCCGGUUCGGCGGUGGUUGUGUCUCCGCUCCCUUCUCCUGGGAAACCCAGUUCCCCAUUGAGUUCGCCUCUGCUCAAGUCGGACCGUUUUGUGCCGCCCCAUCUGAGACCAGGGUUCGUGGGCCGUGAGGAGAAGCCUGGACCGCCGGUUGUGAAGGGCGGCGUGCAAGGCGGAAGAGGAAGAGGGCAGUUUGGUUAUCCGAACGUUUACGGGGAGGACGGGAGACCUAAGUCUGGAGGUGGGUAUGAAAGGAUGAGGAGGAUCGGUGGAGAGCCGGAGCAUGUGGAUUUUAUGAUCCGACCCGGUUCAAGCGGUGGUCGUCCCAGUUCCAGUGGAUGAAGUAGGUUGCUGUUCCACCAGUAGAGGCAUUUUAUUGGCUAUGCUUGUGUUGCUGGAUAACAUGUAGUUACAAACAUACCCCCCUUUGAGGCUGUACCUACUGUUUGAAUGUUUCUUGAAAGUAAGAUCUGAUAAAAAGCCAUGCAAUAAUGUUGAAAAUGGAGGAUUAUGACCACCUUAUCCCAAUAUUCUUCAAAUCAAUGAAGUUUGGUUCCCCUUUAAUGCUAUAAAGUAUGAAGAGCCCUUUGUGAUGGAAAGAUUGGCACUUUGCUGGGAAAAGCAGUAAACAUGGAAUGAUUCAAUGCAUACCCUAGCUUUUCCCUUUUAUCCAUUUCAUUAUCACUGCCUUUUAAUGCUAAUCCUGGCUUUUGUCUCAUGCAGGAUGCAUUCAAGGUGUUUCAUGGAGAUGCUAGAAGUUAGUGAAGCAGGGUCCUUUCCAAUGGACGAAGUUUAGUUCUACCUGAGA